AUGGCGACCGGCGUCGACGCAAAGCUCCUAAAGUCCACCAAAUUCCCUGCGGAAUUCAAUCAAAAGGUUGACAUGCAAAAGGUCAACCUUCAGCCAGACAUUAAAGCUUUACAAAUACAACUUACGGGCUUCUUGGACAAGGACACGGCGCCAUUCUGCAGGGAACUAUGGAAAUUGUUCUUGAGUGCCCAAACAAGCCCUCAGGGUGUGCCCAAAGAACUUCUAGAGGCCAAGAAGCUAGAGUUGAUACAAGAAAAGAUGGAAGCCGAUCGCGCUGCAGACGAGGCACGACGCCGCCGAGGCGAUAUCGACAGGCGUCAACAAGAUGGCCCGGCACCGAGAGAUAGGGAUCGCGGUGAACGCGGACGCGGACGCGGCGGCGGUGGAGACAUGCGGCGUGGUCGCAACAGUGACAGGGACUACGACCAAAGAGGAACCCUGAUCAGAGGGACAGAGGCUCGUUCCGUGGGUCCACUAGAGACAGCUAUGUCCCAAGGAAUCGCGGUCUCGAUAGCCGAGUAUCUGGCCGUCGUCGCAACGACACGCGCUCUCCGUCUCCGGCAUCCGCCACCUCACGGUCGCGCAGCCCCGAUCGCAAGCGGGAUUUUAGUCGUGGCUCGCCCCCGGCCCCCGCCCGACGAACUCGUCGAGAACGCAGCGUAUCCAGCCCCAGGGCUACGAGAAAUCGAUCGGCGUCGCCGAGAAGAAGCCAGGGGGAUUAUCGCGAAUCACGAAGGAAAAGGAGAUCUUCACGAAGCCCUUCAACGCCCUCAACAUCGCCUGAUAAACGGGCGGCUGCAAAGCGCCGUAGAUACUCCUCUUCACGGAGUCGUUCGCCAGGUCGUGAGAGACGAUCCCGCAGUAGAAGCUCGAACUCAGCAUCGUCUCGAAGUUCUAGAUCACGCAGCCGUAGCUCUACGCGUCGAACCUCUCGGGGACGUGCAAGUCCGAGAUCUCGAAGCAGUCCCCGACAUCGCCACGAUAGUAGCGUCUCUCGCUCUCCGGAUCCCAGCGCUCGCAGAGCAACAGCUGAUGAUAUUAACGAGACUGAUCGCGAGAGCAGGAGAGGCCAAGGAGAGGGAGAGGGUGAGGCAAAAGGAAGCCGGAGACGCAACUCAUAGCCUCGCUCAUGGAGAUCGGCUGAUGACUCUAAGAGGUGACUUCCAAACUUUGCACAACUUUAAACAGGCCGAUUCCUGCGUCACAAGACGAUAG